GGCGGGGUCGCGGCUCCUCCCCUGGCCCGGGCUGCGCCGCCGGACCCGCCUGAGGGGCUGCGCGCCGAGGCGGCUGGUACCGUCCGGAGCACCCAGCAGCCGAGGCGGCGGAGGACCCUGGACCCUCCUCACGCCCAGCGGACCCAGGUUUACCCUGAACCUGAAGCCAGAAGGCCCCCACCCCAAGGAGCUGAGGUGCCUCCCCCUCCCAUAUGAACAAGAGAGGGCUCUGGAAGAAGCCAUUUCAGCAGCUCAUCAGGACCCUUUAGAAGAAGGGGCUCAGAGCAACCGGCUCACCACCCAUUCCUCCUUCUCAAGAAAGGAAGGAAGAAAAAAAGGAAGGAAGGAGUAAAGCCCCUUCUACCAACCAUGACACUAAACACCCAGCAGGAAGCAAAGACCUCCCUGCGCCGUCGAGCCAGCACUCCACUGCCCCUGUCCCCCCGGGGCUGCCAGCCUGGCCUGAGAACAGCACCCUCCACUCAGUCCCAGCAUCCCCGGCUAGGCCAGUCAGCCUCCCUCAACCCUCCUGUCCAGAAACCUUCAACUGCCCCUGAUGAUUGGUCCUCUGAAUCCAGCGACUCUGAAGGCUCCUGGGAGGCCCUCUACCGUGUGGUGCUACUUGGAGAUCCUGGUGUAGGGAAGACCAGCCUGGCCAGUCUCUUUGCAGGGAAGCAAGAAAGGGACCUCCAUGAGCAGCUGGGAGAAGAUGUGUAUGAGAGGACCCUCACGGUGGAUGGAGAGGACACCACACUGGUAGUCGUGGACACCUGGGAGGCCGAGAGACUGGAUAAAAACUGGAGCCAGGAGUCGCGCCUGGAAGUAGGCAGCGCCUAUGUCAUCGUGUACUCCAUCGCGGAUCGAGGCAGCUUUGAGAGCGCCUCUGAGCUCCGCAUUCAGCUGCGGCGCACACAUCAGGCGGAUCACGUGCCCAUCAUCCUCGUGGGCAACAAGGCAGACCUAGCCCGCUGCCGGGAAGUCUCCGUGGAAGAGGGCCGCGCCUGCGCCGUCGUGUUCGACUGUAAAUUCAUCGAGACGUCGGCGGCACUGCAGCACAACGUGGCAGAGCUCUUCGAGGGAGUGGUGCGCCAAUUGCGCCUGCGCCGCCGGAACAGCUCGGCCCGAGAUCCGACUGCACCCCAACGGCCAGUCAGCUUUGGGCAGCGCGCCCGUCGCUUCCUUGACCGUCUGACUGCCCGCAGCGCCCGUCGCCGAGCACUUAAGGCCCGCUCCAAGUCUUGCCACAACCUGGCGGUGCUCUGAGGCCGUUUUCUCUUCUGAAGGUGGCGGAUCACUGGAGGUGCAUUCUGGGCUAUACUAACGCCACCGAGGGGCAAAAGUGCCAUUACCUGGAACAGGCAUUGUGGACCUUGCUUGCCCACUGCGCUGAUAAAGGGAUCAUCACCUGUGGCCAGAGCCUCGGCGACCCCUCUCCUGCCCGCCUCUCCGGCCUUGGGGAAGUGAUGGACAGGUUACAGGGCUGAAACCCCAAGCUGGGCACAAAGUAGGGUUUCUUACGUAGAGGAUGUCUUUUUGUAAAAAUCUUCCUUGUCCUUGGGGUUUGGCCAACCCCAGUCUGAAUGCCCAGACCCCUGGUAGUCUUCCAAGAUCUCCACCUCCUGCCUUCCCUUCUAGACUGGCUGCAGACUAGUUUAGCCUGCUGGCCUAGGUGUCAGGGCCAAUCAAUAAAGUAAUUGUACCAUUUUUGUUCUCAGGCUCCUCUCCCAAUCACUGGUGACGGUUCCUGACCCAGAUCUUUGAGACAGACAAUGGAUCACAAACAACCCGCUUGGUGUGAUGACCUGCUAUUUUCUUAUUAACUCAUUUUUUAGAUUAUAGAGUCACAAAAUAUCUGGAAGGAAUCUCAGCACUCAGCCCUGGCAAUAUAAUUGCUGGGGUUUGUUAGGAGCUGACUAUGUACUAAGCUGGGAGGAGGGUGCUCGAAUUAACCCCUAAUGUUACCAAUUAGGAAACUGAGGCACAGGACAGUGAAAGCUUAUGUCCAAGAUGUUACAAAACGCUAUAGACCUAAGGGAGAUGAACCUAAAAACACAAUUUGACAUACAAUUAAAAAGAGGGAGCAUAACUCUAUAAAUCCCCAAGAUGAGCGCCAACUUAGUCCAAUUCACUUGUUUUCCAAAUAUGGAAACUGAAACCUAGAGAGGGGAAGUGAGCACCCCAAGGCCAC